UUUGAUUUUCUUUUUCUCUGUAAUGUUCUCCAUUCGCCUUGUAUUCUUCGUGUUUUUUUUGGUAAUUUCUGUGAAAUCCUUCAUAAAUCAUCUGAAUCCUGAAAGUACGUUUAACGAGGAGCAAUUCUUGAUGAGAGAUGUGAAGAGUGAUCAGCACAUAGAUCAAGAAGGAUCAGGAGAGGACAAUGAAGAUGUUUUGAUAAAUGAAAAUUCCACGACUACAUCAAUAUCAGAAUCGACAACUACAACUACAGUAACCAAGAUAACUACAGCUGCUCCAAAACCAAUUAAUUGUUAUGAUAUCUCGAAAAGAUGCUCCAAAGUGAAGCCAUUGUGCACGCGAAACGAGUAUAAGACUAUAAUGAUGCGUCAAUGUGCUAAAACAUGUGGUUUCUGCCCCCAAUUUGUUCGUCUUCCACAAACAUCUCGUUGUCGUGACUCGUUUCAGAGCUGUCCAAAAUGGGCUCGAAAUGGCUUCUGUCACUCCACUUAUUACACGUUGGACGAGAGGAAGACUUACUGUUUGAAAAGUUGUGGAGGUUGUUGAACAACGAGCACUCACUCACCAAUUCAUGUAAAUAAUUGAACAUAUAUAUGAAACCAAAUAAUUAAUGCUGACAUAUAUAAAUGAUAACCAUCAGAA